AUGCCGAAGGGUGACUUGAAUCAGGAGAUACAGGGAAUUGAAACGAUCUGGGGAGGGUUCACGUUUGUGCUUGGCUUCCUCAUCGUGUUUCGUAGCAACCAGGCCUACAACCGCUUCUGGGAGAGCGUCACAUUGCUGCACCAAACCACAGGGGAGUGGACGAGUGCUUACAGUAAUUUGCUGGCCUUCUGCAGCGAAGAGCCGACGAAGCAGAAGGAUGUUGCAGAGUUCCAGGCACUCCUCUCCAAGCUCAUGAGCCUUCUCCACUGCAGUGCCUUGCAGGACUUGUGUGAACUUGAGGAUGACACCUUAGAAGUCUUGGACUUAGGUGGCCUCAGCCGGCAGACUUUGCAGCACCUCAGGGACAGCCCCGACCGUGCAGAGUCAGUUUUACUGUGGAUAGAACGGCUCAUCAUGCACGCAGACAAGAGCAAGAUCCUCGACGCCCCAGCACCGAUCCUCUCACGGGCUUUUCAGGAACUCUCCAGAGGAAUGGUCACCGUCAGUAACAUGCGCAAGAUCCGCAUUCCAUUCCCUUUCCCUUACUCGCAGCACCUUGCCUGCGUCUUGAUCUUUUACACUGCUCUGACUCCCGUGGUCGCCAGCCAGGCCAUCCUACGGCCCUUGUGGGCUGGUAUCAUGGUUUUCGUGGUCUGCAUCUCAUACUGGACACUUUACUACAUCGCCCAAGAGAUUGACCAGCCCUUCGGGGAUGACGCAAACGAUCUACCCAUCAGAGAAAUGCAGCAUGAGUUUAAUGCGAAGUUGACAUUCUUUAUACAUCCUUUGUCUUACAACGUUCCAGAUUUUCGGCCUGAUGCCAGCCAGCACAUCCACAUGCUGGGUUCCAACUUCACGCUGGAUUUGACAGACUCUCACAAUGUGGUGCUCCAGCCGCUUGAACCUGCACCUGUGAUGGAUGAGGUCACUGCGGUCAAAGCAGAGAGGCGAUUUUCAGAGGAGCCUCUUGCUCCGGCUUCGCUCAUGAGGCCGACGGAAAACAGCAGAAGCCCGAGGAGUGGCUCGCAAGUUCUGUGGGAGCCACAUGUAGACCCAUUGAACUCAGCUGUGCUGACAGAGCUGCUUCCCAAAGUGCUUCCAGAGGAGUUUGAACUUUCUGACAUACGAAGGAUUCUUGAAGCUGCGGGCAUAGACGAUAAAGGCGACAAAGGCGACAGAUCCGGGCCCCAAACGCGCAGAACAAACACUGCCGCGAGUUGCAGGCUGAGCAUCCUGUCCGCCGACGCCCAGGAGGCGUACACGGCCUCACUCACGGCCUUAUCUCUGAGGGUUGAAGACAUGCUUUCCCAGCGGGAAAGUGCCUUGAAUGACCCUGCUUUGCGGCGACAGAUGUACAGGCUCAAGGAAGCCCUGACCGAAGUUUUGAUGGAACAGUGCCGAGUCUGA